CGACAGCCACCGCCGUCUCCAAUCGCCACCGGAAAAGGCCUCCGCUCCGCUGCCCUCCACGACGAAGUCCUCUCCGAAUACCUCGAAACCACCAUUAAGGUCCCUCACCUAGCCCUACCCCACGCUUUUUUCUCCUCCAGAUCAUUCUCCCCCAACCAGAUCACGGUUGAAAUCGAUCUAUCAGAUCUCGCUUCCGGCGAUGCGGCCGCCGUCCGGAGUAUGGUCGCCGCUGCGGCGGAGACCGGCGGUUUUCGAAUCAACGGCGGGGAUGUGGUGAGGUGUGAGGAGGUGAAUGCGGUGGUGGAGGCUGGAGCGGUGGUUUUUUCUUCGAUGGCGGCGAAGAGGAGAGGAUUGGUGUCGAGAUUUGGUAUUGGGGAGGAGAUUUGUUGGUAUCAGUGGAAGCGGAAGGAAACGGAGAUGGUUUUGGAGGACGUGUCGCCCGAUACGUAUCGGAUUUUCAGAGAAAGAAUGGAGGUAAUGGCUGCUAAGCUGGAGAUGGUUGCAGACUGCAUCUCCUGCAUUUUAUGUGAACUUGUUCAAGAUAAAACGCACAGCCACAGACAACCGAAGUUGCAGUCUGUGCUGUGUCUUAAAAAACACAGUUUUCAUCUUCUCAACGAUAUUGCGAUCGAACACAGCCAUGGCAGGGAUGAUAAAACUCACUUUCUGAGAAUGCACAUACCAAUAUUAGAUCAUCAGAUGUUCCAAAAUCAAUCUUCAGGUCUUUCUGCUUCUUUUGGCUUGCCUGCUGGUUCCAUUCUUGUCACCAUUGGCGACCAACUAAAGGAGUGGAGCAAUGGUGAAUACAGGAAUCCAGUCGGAGGUGUGUUCAUAAAACCUAGAGCUUUUCCUGAUCCUUUGUUUUCGAUGGAGUUCAUCAUGUACUCCCCUGCAGAUUCAGGUCCUGAUCAAUUUCAAAACAAAAUAAUCUCCCUAAGGGAUCAGUUUUUGGUAUUACUUUUGGCUGUUUUCUUCUUCAAGUUGUGGUUUUGUAGUUGGAUUUUUUGAUUUCGGAACAGCUGAUUGGUUUGAAGUCCUUAAAUCUCCUUCCCGCACUCAUAGUAUUGAAGAAGGAAAUGACGGGUAGCAGCACCUGUAAGGUUAAUGGCAGCAGGAGGCCGUAUGAUAUGAGUGAUGAUUGCCGCGAUUGUCUUGUGAAUCUUUAAUAUUUGUGUGUGUGUGUGAAUAAGCGGAGUUCGGUAUCUGCUUGUCAGUUUUAAGUCCUCAUGGUCUGGGGUUCGAUUCCCCCCAAAUGUAGGGUGUGGUCCUCGAAUUAUAUGCAUGUGAGAGAUGACCGAAGCUCGUAUCAUAGCUUCCGACCAUCAUAAAAGAGAAAGAUACAUGAGCAAGGGAUGAAAUGCUCUUGAAAAAAAAGGGUUCAUUACUGUUUGAGUAGUGAUUUGAUUGGUAAUUA